CACAAACCUUUUGGAGUUCAUUGAGAGUGUCAACAAGUGUGUGGAUCAAGGUGAUCCAGUUGCCAUAGUAUACCUGGACUUCCAAAAAGCUUUCGACAAAGAUCCUCAUCAAAGACUCUUGAGAAAACUUAGCAGUCAUGGGAUAAGGGGACAAGUGCAUGUGUGGGUUGUUAACUGGUUGAAUGACAGAAAACAGAGGGUAGGGAUAAAUGGAGAGUUUUCACAAUGGAGGGAAGUAAGAAGUGGGGUCCUCCUGGGAUCUGUACUGGGACCGGUGCUUUUUAAUUUAUUCAUAAAUGAUCUAGUAGCAGGGGUAUAAGCAAGGUGGCCAAAUUUGCAGAUGAUACCAAAGUCUUUUGGGUAGAGAAAUCCAAAACUGAUUGCGAGGAGCUCCAAAAGGAUCUCUCCAAACUGCGUGAGUUGGCGACAAUGGCAAAUGCGCUUCAGUGUUGGCAAGUAUAAAGUGGUGCACAUUGGGAUGAAAAACCUCAAUUUCAAGUACAUGCUGAUGAGAUCUGAGCUGCUGGUGACUCACCAGGAGAUGGAUAUUGGAGUCAGGGUGGACAGUUGGUUGAAAGUGUCCACUCAAUGUGCGGCAGCUGUGAAAAAGGCCAAUUCCAUGCUAGAGAUCAUUAGGAAGGGGACUGAAAAUAAAACAGCUAAUAUUAUAAUGCCCUUAUACAAAACUAUGGUGCAACCAUACUUGGAGUACUGUGUACAAUUCUGGUUACCACAUCCUAAAAAAGACAUUGUAGAACUGGAAAAGGUGCAGAAGAGGGCAACCAAGUUAAUCGGGGACCUACAGUAGAGCACUUUCCUUAUGAGGCAAGGCUACAACAACUGGGGCUAGUUAGUUUAGAAAAAACAUGACUGAGGGGAGACAAUAGAGGUCUAUAAAAUCAUGCAUGUUGUGGAAAACGUGGAUAGACAGAAAUUCUUCUCUCUCUCAUAUAACACUAGAACCAGGGCUCAUCCUAUGAAAUUGAUUGACAGGAAAUCUAGGACCAGUAAAUGGAGGUACUUUUUCACACAACACAUCAUCUAGACCCAUUUUAAACUGGCUUCCAGGCUGGCUAUGGGGUGGAGACUGCCUUGGUCGGCAGAGGAAAUGUGACUCUGUUGGUCCUUUUGGACCUCUCGGUGGCUUUCGAUACUAUCGACCAUAGUAUCCUUCUGGAGUGUCUGAGGGGGUUGGGUUCGGUACGGUGUCCCUCAGGGCUCCGUAUUGUCUCUGAUGUUGUUUAACAUCUACAUGAAACCGCUGGGAGAGAUCAUCAAGAGAUUUGGUGCAGGGUGCUAUCAGUAUGCUGAUGACACUCAAAUCUAUUUCUCCAUGUCAGCAUCAUCGGAAGAAGGCAUAACCUCCCUAAAUGCCUGUCUGGAGUUUGUAAUGGGCUGGAUGAGGGAUAACAAACUGAGACUGAAUCCGGCCAAGAUUGAGUUACUCAUUGUCCGGGGUUGGAACUCGAGAGAUGAUUUUUAUCUGCCUGUUCUGGAUGGGGUCACACUUCCCCAGAAGGAACAGGUACGCAGUCUGGGGGUGCUUCUGGUGUCCCAGGUUGAAGCAGUGGCCAGAGGUACCUUCUAUCAGCUUUGGCUGAUAUGCCAGCUGCGUCCAUAUCUUGAGAUAGAUGACCUCAAAACAGUGGUACAUCUGCUGGUAACCUCCAGAUUGGAUUAGUGUAAUGCGCUCUAUGUGGGGCUGCCCUUGUACGUAGUCCAGAAACUACAGUUGAUUCAGAAUGCAGCAGCCAUGCUGGUCUCUGGGUCAUCUAGGAGAGACCAUAUUACUCCUGUAUUGAAGGAGUUAUACUGGCUGCCGAUAUGUUUCUGGGCAAAAUACAAGGUGUUAGUUAUAACCUAUAAAGCCCUAAGCAGCUUGGGCCCUGGGUAUUUAAGAGAACGUCUUCUUCAUUAUGAACCUCACCGCCCUUUCAGAUCAUCGGGAGAGGUCCGUCUGCAUUUGCCACCGGCUCAUCUGGUGGCUACUCAGGGAUGGGCCUUCUCCGUUGCUGCCCUGAGGCUUUGGAAUGCACUCUCUAGUGUAAUAAGAGCCUCCUCAUCUCUGACAAUUUUUAAAAAGUCUUUAAAGAUGCAUCUGUUUUAAUUGUUUUUAAUGUUGUUUUAGAAUAUUGUUUUAAAUUUUUUAAAUUGUUUUUUAAAUUUCUUGUUUGUGUUAUUAACUAAUGUUUUAAUGUUUUAUCUUGUUGUAAACCGCCCAGAGACGUAAGUUUUGGGCGGUAUAAAAAUAUGUUAAAUUAAUAAAUAAAUAAUCGACUUGUGAAAUUCUCUGCCACAAAAUGUGGUGACAGCCAACAACCUGAAUGGCUUUAAGAGUGGUUUGGAUAACUUCAUGGAGGAGACGUCUAUCAACGGCUACCAUUUGGAGGGCUAUAGGCCACCUCCACUCUCAAAGGCAGGAUGCCUCUGAGUACCAGUUGCAGGGGAGUAGCAGCAGUAGAGAGGGCAUGCCCUCAACUCCUGCCUGUGGCUUCCAGCAGCAUCUGGUGGGCCACUGUGUGAAACAGGAUGCUGGACUAAAUGGGCCUGUGUCUGAUCCAGCAAGGCUGUUCUUAUGUUCUUAAAGCUUUAAAAGCAAACAACAAAACUCUGCAAGUUCUCUGAAAGGAGAACUUCCUAGGAAACAAAGAGGGAGUGGUACAAGAGUCCUUCUCAGAAACAGUUGCAUGAAGAGGGUGGCCCUUGAAUGAACUUCAGGCUCACUCUUACCUGGAAAUAAAAACCAGGCCAUGGAGUGGAGAUAGUGACAGAUCCCAGGAUGCAGUGAAAUGAGAAUCACUUCUCAUUUUUAUAUCAGUUGCAGAUCACUGAGUGGAGCAAUGCCGUUCCACUUACAGUACACCCCCAGAAAGAUAAUAGUGUAUUGCUCUGCAUGCCCUACUUUUCUGCAUGUCACAAUGAGCUGGUCAUCUGCAAGAAAAAUGGUUAUAUGCCAUCUGUUGAAAAUGACUGGAGGCUAGAUCAGUAUGCGUGUAUCCUAAGGGAUCAGCCCUGUCCAAGUGCACAAUUGUCGUCUUUAGAACUGGUCACCAAGUAAUGGGAUGUUGGUUGCAAGAAUCCACUGUAGAGCCACCUGUCCGUGCAGUCUUUCUGAUGACUGUCCAUUCUACUUGAAACAGAUAACUGUACAGCCGUAGCCAGGUGUUCACUGCUUGACAGCAAAUGUACGGUCAUUUUCACAGCAAGUUUUAAUCCUGAUUGCAAGGAUAUGAGAAAUUGCCCUUUAAUCCUCAUUAACAUAUGUUGAAUGCAUAGUUGAGAUACCUGAUAGAGAAUGGAAGGUUGUGUGCUGUUUAAUUUGACUUUCUUUUCCUUUUUGUCGGAGAUUUACAACAUAUUUAAACCAACAGCUAUGCAACUGAAAAGGAAAAUGUCUGAUCUCAGGUGCCAGGAAAGUACCGAGUGAUUGGAGGUAUAAUUUCGCCAGUUAGUGAUGACUAUGGAAAGCAAGGAUUGGCUGCAGCGAAGCAUCGGAUAAAAAUGGCUCAGUUUGCCUUGGAGACAUCAGAGUGGAUCAGAGUGGAUCCGUGGGAGAGUGAACAAGGUCAAUGGAGUGAGACUGUAACAGUUCUGAGACACCAUUACAAAGAACUGCUUAAAUCACACCAUAUCAGGAAACUGCCUGGGGAGAACAAUUGGCCCAUAGAAAAAGCUGCCGGGGCAUCGCUUGCUUCAUCACUCUCAGGUUUGUUAAUGCUAUAUGAGGAUCUGGGUUAUGAAAACCUGGCGCCUUGUCCUCUGGAGGAGAGGACACAAACACCAGAAAUGCCUGCAGAUUUCAAUGGAUACUGGAAAAUGCUCAGCAAUGAUAAUUUUGAGGAGUAUUUGAAAGCACUGGAUGUAAAUAUUGCCUUGAGGAAAAUAGCCAACAUGCUUAAACCUGACAAAGAGAUAAUCCAGGAUGGAGAUCAUAUGAUAAUUAAAACGCUAAGUACUUUUAAAAACUACAUCAUGGAUUUUGAUAUAGGGAAAGAAUUUGAGGAGGAUUUAACUGGGCUGGAUGAUCGCAAAUGCAUGACCUGUGUGACGUGGGAUGGAGAUAAACUUCUUUGUGUACAGAAAGGAGAAAAAGAAGGCCGUGGCUGGACCCAGUGGGUUGAAGGAGAUGAAAUGCACUUGGAAAUAAGAGCUUGUGGUGUCAAGUGCAAGCAAGUGUUUAAGAAGGUACAGUGAGGAGCCUGGCCAGCCUGCUUCUGCCAGUGAGGAGCCCAAGGAGGUCGAACAGAAAGGAUGAGCCUGCUGCCAAACCUAAAGCAACUGAUCCCGCUCAAUCUUCUUCUUGUCCCUUUUACAUCUAGAAAAGAGGCUACAGCUGGCAUCUGCCCAUGCGACACUGGAAUAGUGUAGAGGCCUUUGUUGCACGUAUGAUUUUUUAAAAAAGAUAUACUUGAAUCUAAAUGAACAUAAAAGUUCAGAUUAAAGUUAAUGAAGCCUGGA